CAGAGAGUAUCUUUAGCAUGUCAACAUCUGCGACCUCAAGCGUUUAAGUCUCACUGUGCUCUCUGUCCUGGACUUUCACUAACUGUGCUUCCUCUCUGACAAAGAAAGAAGAUGAGUGAAAGCACUGAUGACAUCAAGGCUGUGACCUGCACAGUCAAACCUCCAGUCUACCUGCAGAUUGGAGACACCAAAGUGGACACAUCUCACUCUGGUAUUUGUGUUGUUGACGUCACCCUCCCCUUCGGAAAGCCUGCCAAUAUUGAGGAAAUCACCUUUAAGAACUACUACACGGCCUAUGUGACUGUGCGUUUGUUGAGGAGGAGCCCUGGGCAGGAGGCCCCUGCUAAGUGGUGCACUGCUCUGAGAGACCUGCCCCUGAUGGACAACCCCCACACUGAGGGGGGCUCCCAAGACUACUACUCCAUUCACAGGGCACAGAUGCAGGUGGAGCCAGAUCAUGUGGUGUCUGUACGACUGAUCCUGAGACAGCCGUCCUCUGCCUGGCUAACCUUCAGCCUCGAAGACAUCAAAAUAUACCCUCACAUGGAGCCGCACCACCAGAUGGGGCCAAAGGAAAGACUAAAUCCCACACACACUGGGUUUAACAAACAAGAAUUUAAAAUCAAGGACCCAGAGAAGGAAGUUUCUGAUUGGCUGUCUGACCUGACGCUGGUUGACCAACACCCUGACCUGGAGGGUCUCCCAGACCCCCAGACUGUAUCAUCCAGUAUCCAGCAAAUGUGGGCUCUGACUGAGGUGAUGCAGACCAACCAGACUACAGCCUCCAUUGGACGAUUUGAUGUGGAUGGAUGCUACGAUAUCAACUUGCUCUCCCUGACGUAACGUGGCCAUUGUGCUCUUGCAUGCACAUGAAGCUCACUUUAUAGAGGACCACUGAUCAGUAAUGGAAGGAGCAAUAAUGAAGACACUGUCUGCUUUUGAACCAUUGACAACAGCUGCAGAGAAGAACAAAGAAAAGGUUGUAUAUAGGUAUAUGAUGCAGGAAUGGCUGGGCAUGAUGUGACAGUGAAUAACAGACAUCUGCUGCUUUUUUUCUUACUUGAACACUGACGAAUGAGAGAAGUAUUUUGAUUUCAUUUAUUUCGACAUACUUUUUUUUAAUGUUCUGGUCAUAAAACUACUCAAUCAUUGCUAUACACUUAAGGGCAUACGGUAUACAUAUAUUUUUUUUCUUUUUCCAUCAUUUUGAGGAGGAAGUACAGUAGUGACUGCACUUACACUUUUACUGACGCAAUUAUUUAUUAAGCUAUGUAAUAACCUUACUGCUCAAACCUGCAGUGUGGCACUGUAACACUGUAAAUUGUGUAAUAUCAAUAUUUAGCGUUCUCCUGUAUCCUGCUAAAACUACUGGAUGACUUUUCCCUGUAAUUGGUUGACCUGUGUGGAGGUGCGGGAUGGCGGGCUGCAGGAGGUUUUAAUGAGUCCCAUUCAUUGUGAAAACAGUACUCCACACCAUACAAGGCUGUAAAUGUUUAAUGGUAUAGGGGACAAGGGAAAAAGUACUGCAGCAGUUUCUGUAAUGCUGCACAGUAUGAAACACUUGGUGGCAGCAGUGGAUUAUCUAAGAGGUUCUGUUAACUUCUAUCUUUGUGAGGACCAAGACCUUGAGAGGACACUUUAGGAAAGUGAGAAGAAUCUGGUCCGUCUUCAGGUCUUUGAAGGACUUUUGUUGUUAAAUGUUUGAUUUUUGGAUUGAGGUAUGGAUAAGCCAGGGGUAUGCCGUAUAGUUGUGAUAGUUAAGACACAGGUUAGAAGCUCAGAUGCGAAUUAUGUCAGUGAGGGUCCUCACAAGUGGGGAAGUAAAAAUGUAUGUGUAUGUGUGAGAAAGCUGAUGGAACUAGACAGAAGUCUACUUUCUGAAAAUGUUUUACAAGCCUAUAUGUUGUGUUAUUUGCAGCUCCUGUCGCCACAUGUCAAUAAAAAAAACUAAUGUU